GGCUUUCUCAUCUCUUUCUCGAUAGGGGCUACCAUGUUGUCUCUCUUUUUCUCUUCUCUCCCUCUCGCUUUGACGACUGCUCUUCUGCCUGACCUGCAAAUCUCAUCCGGCCUCCGAAUGGCAACUCGCUUCAUUAGGUUACUUCGGUGAGGCGCUCGAUUGGGGCCUCCCAUAAGUCUCUUUCUCUCUCCCGCAUGCUCUUGCGCCCAUCAGGUCAGUAUUGCCAGCGAGACGCCGUCUGACCGAAGCCCCCCUUCCUUCUUUCUCCCCGCUAGCUCCCCCCUUUCUUGGAUGGCAGAAACCCUUUUUUCCUCACUUUUGGCACUUGAUGCUCCAUCACUCGUGCGUGAGCUGCCGAGGGGACAUCCAAUGCUGGAGACAGCGUCGUUCCUCUUUGUUCAACGCAAGAGACAUUUCAUGUCUAGUGACUGGGACCUGCACAGACUUGUGCAGGAAAGUGGAUUCGCAUUUGGCAGAUUGGAAGAGGAAGCUUCUUUCAUUCUCUGGCAGGGUUUUUUGGGUACACCAGCACGUCGAUUAGAUCUUAAGCGACAAGAUUUGAAGCUCGAGGCAUUUUGGGUAUUUUGGCGACGCGAUAGUUUUGAUGGACCCAGGGCAGCAAGUUGAUCAGAUGGCUGAACUCACAUCCUACUGAAAAGAUUUUGAGUCUAUUGUAGUGCCG